ACGAACAAACCAAUCUAACGUGCAGGUAAAAUCGCGCGACCAUCUGGGACAAGACCUGACAGACGAGGAGGAGAAGGCGAAGGUGGACGAGGUAGUGGCGGAUGUGGUGGCCAAACUGGACCGCUCUGUCCAGGCCAAAGACCCCGUGAAGAUAGCCCAGGACGCGGCGGUGUACUCGACGAUCAUACAAGACUUGGAUGACGAAGUGUCCACUGACCCAGAGUUCACAAAGUUCAUGGUGUUCAACGUGUCAGCAGAGAGCGGCCUCCCCAGCCUGCUGGAUCCGGCCACUGCAACCAAACCCGCCAAAGUCACCAUCGCAGAGGCCAACAACAACUUUGUGAACGACAUCCACGCUGCUGUGGACAGCGCCAUUGAAAGAGACGCCAUCAAAGAGCCCCGGGAGAUCCAGAUAUACGCCGAGUCCUUGACCACCACCACGUCCUCCCCUGACAUCUUGUCUGGCGGUUCACUUAGCAAUUCAUCAGACUCAGCUUCAAAGUUGAGUAACAUUUUGAGGGAAAUGGCGGCGUCUGGCAAAACAGUUGUGCAAAGAGAAGUUUUCGUGUCCAAAGCAGCUAUAGAGAGCAUGCUGAACAACAUCGUGGAAGGGACGGCCAUAAACGUCGCGGCUUUGGAACCGGACCCGGACCAGCUGGGAACACAGACAGGCUUCAGCAACAACGAGAUUGAGUUCAUGACAGACCUCCUGGCCAAACGAAGGCGCUAUCAAGUUCACACCAAGCUGGACAUGGCGUCAGACAUUACCAGCAACUGUAGGGAGACCUGGGAUUCCCUUCAAGGGCUCAACAGAGACUUUCUGGGCUACAACGGCACGAUCCAGGUCAAGACCACCGCGUAUCACAUGGAGCUGCAAAGGACAACACGUCAAGAUAUCUUAACUGGCGGAGCGAGGGACAGACAGAACUCUGUCUUCGCUGUGUCUGACGUCGCUGCUGAUGACGUUGCUGAUAUCCACACGCAGUCGACUGUAACAAAGAACAUCUUCAUCAACGGACAGCACUCCAAGCACAUCACAACAGACGUGGUCAUCGCUUCCGUCGCCGACAAAGCCGGCACCAAACUGCCCAUGACGUCACCGCGGAUCUUCCACCAGGUGGCCGACGACUGCGCCACAGAGUCUAGCCGGCUGAGCUUCGUUACGCCAGAGUUUGUGGCUGAGGACGCUGCCAAGUUGUUCUAUCACAGUUUUGAUUACAUCGACCCCAACGGCCAGGUGUGUGUGAAGGUGAGACCCACAGACCACUCAGUUUUCUAUCGACUGUAUCUACAAGUUGGAAACUUUCCAACGGACAUCAAUUAUCAAUAUAGGUAUGUCGUACUGACUUCAUCGACUAACAUAAGACGCAAGGAGGAGGAGGAGGAGGAGGAGGAGAGGGAGGAGGUGGAGAAGGAGGACGAGGGGGAUGGUUUUGCUGUGUUCUUGUGA